AUGGCAACGCCAAGCAAAGAUUAUAGAUAUUCAGUUGAGUUUAAUAUUCAUGCUGUUGAUGCACCCGGUACUCAUUUAGGAAGAACAGGUGAUAUUUAUUUAAAUAUAUGUCUAUUGGGUGUGCAUAAACGAACACGUUUAAUGCCACCUCAUUUACCAAUGCAUAUUGAUCAAAAACUUUUUUUUGAUAAAGUUUUUAAAUUUUGUUAUGAUGCUGAAGAAAUAAUUGAACGACUUGAACGUGAACAUGUUCUUAUUGAACUAAUUCAAAAUGAUAUUCCAUCACCUAUUCUUUUGGCUAGUUAUGAAAUACGUGCAAAAGAUUUUCUUUAUCCAUAUUCAUCGAAUCGUAUUGAAUAUACGGGUUUACGUCGUUAUAUUCUUCUUACUCGAACAAUUGAUUUUCCUGGAAUUUCACCUAGUUUUGAAUUUAGUACGAGUCCAUCUAUUGUUGAUGUAACUGGUCUUACAUUACCAACAACAAAAACUCGUGGAGAAAUAAAACUUCCAAAACGAUCGACAUCACCCGCUUGGAAACCACCAUCUGCAUAUUCAACUCGAUCUCGUUUGAAUGAUUCGGCAAAUGUUUCACGUUCAUUAACAUCACAUACAAUGUCAUCAGCACUAAGACAUGAUUAUGGACAACAAGAAACUCAAGAAAAAUUACGUGAAUUAGCUGUUGAUCGAGAUAUUAAUUAUGUAACUCCUAUUGAUAAAACAAAGGGACGGCCACCAUUUGUUGUUCGACAUGUUACUAAUGAUCUUAUUGGUCGUAAACCAAAAUCUCAUACUAUAUUUAAAGAUGGUUUAGUUAUUAAUAAUUAUACGCUAGCACGACCGGAAACUUCAGCCUCAUUAAAUUCAUUUGAUGGUGAUUUCAAUCGUUCUCGAUCACUUUCUCCUGUUCUUGGUCGAAGUUUCAGUUCAACAGGUGGACGAGCUCGUUCACUGUCACCAUCUCGUCGUUCACGAUCACCUUCACAAUAUUUAUAUAAUGAUUAUCAAGAUUAUACAGGAGAUAAUGAUAUCUAUUACAGUAGUCCACCACGGCAAUUAACGAGUCCUACAUUACUCCGUGAUUCAUUUCGUUAUCGUUAUCGCUAUUCACCAGCAGCUGAUCUUAGUGAUAAAGUUAUUAAUACUCUUCGUCGUAAUCUAAGUUCAUAUAGUUCUCGUCCAUGGCAUCAUUAUUAUUCAUCAUAUCGUUAUUCAGAUGGACACAUCGAUGAUGAUGAUGUACUCGAAAGAAAUCUUCGACUCACGCAAGAUUAG